CGUUACAAACAAUGCAAGACAAGAAAAUAUGCACGCCGAAUUGACUGCUUCAUAGUUAACGUGACUAUGAAUUCCCAUAAUCCAUAAUCUCUCUGUGGUAUGGGAAAAUCGAGAGGAAAAAUGGGAAGAAAGAAAGGAUGGUUUAAGAAGGGACAUCAGCCUGGUGCUCAUGAUGUUAAGAAAGAAGAAGAAGACAAUGAAAAUGGAGAUUCAGCGAAGAAGCCAAAGACUGAUUUAGAUAUGGAAGAAAGUGAUGUCUCUGACGAUACUGUAUAUAAAUUUGACUUUGAUUUGGAUGAGCUCAUUGGAUCAACUAUAACAGACCUAACAGACCCUGAUAAAGAUGAAGACACAAUAAAGUAUCGACAGACAUUAAAUAACUUCUCAACUCAACUCAAAACAGUCGAAUCCAAACAAAAGCAAGUGACAAAAAUUUUAGAUGAAUGUGAUGAAAAAAUUCAACAAUAUCGAGAAGAAUUGGAAGAUCUUGAUAAAGAAGAAGAACAGAAAGAAGCUGCUGCAGAAUUGGCUGCCAAAGAUGCUGCUGAGGCCAAUGCCAAGAAUGAAGAAACUGACAGUGAUGACGAUGUACAGUUUAUAUCAACAAGUUUUGAUCCAGAUGUGGCGGCUAAAAAUAAAACUAUUGUAGAACAAAGCACAAACUUGAUCCAGACAUUGAAUAACACUUCACCAAGUAAAGGGCCUAGAACCAUAAUCCUCAAAGUACCAGCUAGUCAAGCCAGUGCUUUCAGUGCAAACUCUAGUCCAGAGGUCGGAAAAUCUAAACUAGAAAAUCUACGGGCAGCUUUAGCAGCUACUAUCAACAAACAAGCACUCCAAGUUUUGACUCCUAUAACAAGCCUGGCGACACCGCAACAACCAGUGCAGCUGGCACCACCAGGGACCUCUGUACAACUAAAGGCUCCUGAGGUGUCCAAUGCAAGACAAGUUAUUUACGGAAGUUUAACACUAACACAGACAGCAUCAGCUUAUUUUCCUGCAGUAGAAGCUUUAGCUCGGGAUUCAAAGGUGUUUGGUAAAAAAAUUAAUGAAGUAUGGUACCGUGGAUCAAUUGAAACAAUUCAAAAUCGUCAGCAGCCUGUCAAUGAGAGAAAAUAUAUGAUCAAGUUUGAUGGGAAAGGAAGAAGGCCACUGUCUGCCAGGGAAAUAGCUUUCAGAGAUCAUAUUAACAUAACUGUAGCUGUGGGUACCAGAAUAGUAGCCUUGUACAGAGAUGAAGAGUCUACUGCGUCUUUCUAUGCUGGCAUCAUUGCUGAAACACCAAAUGGCAGGAAUCAGUUCAGAUACUUGGUAUUCUUUGAUGAUGGCUAUGCUCAAUAUUCUACUAAAGAAGAAAUUCACAAAGUCGUUGAUCAGAGUAUAAAUGUAUGGGAAGAUGUUCAUCAAGACUCUCAAGAAUUUAUCAAAGAAUAUCUUAAGCAGUAUCCUGAGCGUCCCAUGGUUAGACUGCACAAAGGACAACAAGUUAAAACAGAAUGGAAUGGGAAAUGGUGGACAGCAAAAGUUGUUGAAGUAGAUGCCAGCCUUGUUAAAAUGUUUUUCCUUGCUGACAAAAGAGAAGAACUUAUUUACAGAGGAUCAACCCGAUUGGAACCUCUAUACUCUGCACUGGCUAAUCAGGAACAAACUAAAAUGACAGGGAAAGUGAAGAGACAUAACUUAGACAGUUCUAAACAGAAAGCAGUGGUGGAGUACACCAGAGGGCAGUCUAAUGAUAAUACUAAUGAGGAAGCUCCUAUAAAACUUGAAAGAUCAACAAGUCAAGAAGGAACAAAGAAAAGAGCUGUUGCUAGGAAAAGCACUGCAGGAGGAUCUAGGUCAAUGUCCUCAUCAGAGGAUAGUUCAGGUCCCUGGCAGGCACCUUGGCUGAAAAAGGAACAGCCGCAGCAACAGCCUCAUCAUCAGCCUCAUCCACAGCCACAGAAAAAGAAACCAGAAAUUACCCAAAUAAAAACUGAAAAUGGCACUGCUGCUAAUUUACAGAAAUCUACAGACUUUAUAGCCAGUAGUAUAAGCAGUAACAAAGCUGGGAAGGAUAUGGCUAGUCUAUUACAAGAAAGAUUGUCCAAAACAGAUGACCCAUCUGAUAUUGAAGAAUGCAUGGGGGAGAGAGUUGAAUCCACAGUUAAUGUGCCUAUCCAGAAUAGACAGAAACAGCAAAUGGACCCACACAGCUGCUGUCAUAAGUGUUUGAAAGAUUUAGAAGAUGAUCCGGUGAAAUUCAGGGGAACUAACCCAUUACUCAUACCACUCUUGUGUGGCUGGGAAAGACAUGUAUGUAAAGUAAAGCCAGGUGGCAGACGCAUGGUGGCCUACAGAGCACCCUGUGGCAGACGGCUACGUAACAUGCAGGAAUUGGAUAAAUAUCUGGGGUUGACAGACUCUCAGAUGACAAUUGAUCUCUUUUGUUAUGAUCCUGUAUUACAUGUUCACACAGAAUUUGUUCCUGUAAAGACAUUUUGUGAUAUCAAAGAUCUCUCAUACGGGAAGGAAAGUGUUCCUAUCCAGUGUGUAAAUGGGAUAGAUAGACAGUAUCCUGACUAUGUAGAAUACUCAAAUGUCCGUAUCCCAGCCAAGGGAGUUAACCUCAAUCUCAAUCCAGAAUUUAUGGCAUGCUGUGAUUGUACAGACAAUUGUAGAGAUAAAUCUAAAUGUGCCUGUCAGCAACUAACUGUAGAUGCCACAGCUGUCAGUUCAUCUGGCAAACCUAAUCCUAACGCUGGUCUAGAGCACAGACGUCUUAAAGAACCUCUUAUAACCGGGGUGUUUGAGUGCAAUGCCAGCUGUUCCUGUGAUCAACGUUGUAUCAACAGAGUUGUACAGAACGGCCUCCAAGUCAGACUACAAGUGUUCAAAACAGAGAAAAAAGGCUGGGGUCUCCGUUGUUUGGAUGACUUGGCAAAAGGAAACUUUAUAUGUAUUUAUGCAGGUCAGCUGCUAACAGAACAAGGUGCUAAUGAGGAUGGACAGCAGUUUGGUGAUGAAUAUUUAGCUGAAUUAGAUUACAUAGAAGUGGUAGAGAGACAGAAAGAAGGUUAUGAAAGUGAUGUCGACAUGGAUGAAGGACUUGGUGAUGGGAGCGAUGAAGAGGAAGAAGUUGAUGAUAGUGAUGAUGAAGGGGCCAAUCUAUCCAAUAAUGACUCGGACAGCGAUUUUUCUGGUGAUGAUUAUAAGAAUACUGGACAAUCUGGCACAGUUUUAACGACAAGAAGGUCAUCAAGAAACAGAACUGACCCGACAGGGAAGCAGUUAGGAAAAAUAGUUCUACGGAGAGAUUCCUCUAGGUCAGGUGUAAAAGAUGAAGAAUGGAGUGUAAAAUCAACCCCAGUGAAACAGUCUUCGAGUGAAAGUCCAAUAAUGAUCGAUGAUGAUGAAGAUGAGUUAGACCAAGAUAAGAAAUCAUCUUCCCAGCCGGCUGCAAUGAAGCAGUCAGCAUCAGCCGAUUCUAUGGGUGACUCUGAUUCCCUGCCAGAUCUGGAUGCAGAACCAGUCGUUCAGGAAACAGAAAAGCAAAGAGAAAAAGAAAAGAAAGUUGGCACCAAAAAUAUUACUCAAGAAAGAUCCAGACGUUCUGCUCCUGCCCCAGAUGAACCUAAUUUGGAAGAUGUUUAUCCAGAGGAGGAAGGUGUUAAAAGAUUUGCAAGAAGGAGUACUACAGCAAACAAGACUUCUCGGUUUAAAAAUCUUCCUGAUCCGAGGAAGAAAUUAACAAAUGUCAGAAUGGAGGAUGUAACUAAAGAAGAAGAGGAAGAAGAAGAACAAGAAGAUAUGAUAUCAACUCGUUCUUAUUUUCAAGACGGACAAGAAUGUUACAUUAUGGAUGCUAAAUCAAUGGGUAACAUAGGAAGAUACCUUAAUCAUAGCUGCACACCAAAUGUAUUUGUACAGAAUAUAUUUGUUGACACACAUGAUCUCAGAUUCCCUUGGGUCACCUUCUGGGCUGGACAAUAUAUACGUGCAGGAACAGAAUUGACAUGGGACUAUAACUAUGAAGUUGGCAGUGUGCCAGGAAAAGUUCUUUACUGUUAUUGUGGUUCAUCUGACUGUCGUGGAAGACUGUUAUGAAAUUAUUUUGUAGUUACAGGGGACCAGUCCUUAAGUGUGAAGCUUUAUUCUUUAAGUUGGUGUGUUUUUUCAAAAUUUACAAGUAAUAACUUAUUCUUGUAAUUAGUAUAUUUUUAUAAAGUAAUAGUUAACUAAAUGAAUUAUAGGCUGUUUCUAAAAAAUAUAAUAAGAGAAUUAAAUUGGGAAGUGAAAAAUGCAUUUUUAAACCCUACUUUAGGAUGAGUGUUUAUCGUAGUGAACAAAAUAAAAUUAUAAUUAAAGUUUUAAGAUACAACUGUCUUCUUUAAUUUCAUGGAGUUAAGUACUUUUAGUUUGUUCUUGUCAAAUAAAAACUGACUAUUUCCAAUUCAUGCCAUAGUUUUCUUCUCUUUUUUUUCUCUUUCUGUUUAUUAAAUUCAAAAGCUAACCAAAAAAUCUAAAGGUUGUUUUUAUAGAAUGUUGAAAAAAUGUUCAUUUUGCAAUUGAAAUAAUUUAUUUGAGAAAGAAAUUUAGGAAUUUAUCUAGUAUGUAUUUUUUUUAAAUAAUUCUUGUCAUUUCUUGUUUAAAGUGCUAAAAUAACAUAUCUUCUUCUAAGUCAGUUUUAUGAUUGUAAUUAAUGUAAAAUGUUUUCAAAGAAUUGUGUUUUCAAUGUUAUCAUUAUAAAUGUGAAUGUAUGUGACUGUACUAGAAAACAUAGUGUUUUCUGGGGGGAAAAAUUGAGUGUAGUGAACUGUUUAAUCAACAGUAGAGUAAUAUGUUUUUAAGAAAAAUUAGGUGUAUUUAUAUGACUGUCAGGUGACUGUAAGGGGGAGGGUUAUGGUUUUUUGUUUGAUUUUUUUCAUGCUAAGUGAGAACAUUUUUUUUUUUAGUUUUUCAAUGUUAACAAUCAAAUUAUUUUUUUUAAUUUAUCGCUAUAAGGUAUGGGGAAAAUCUGAAUUCAGAAUAUUUUUGUUUGUUGUUUGCUUGACCACAUUAUUAUUUUUCAUCAAAUUGGAGAUCAGAAUAUUUUUUUUGGAAAAAAACCCACCCCCCUUGAAGUUUAAUGGUCGUUCCCUUAUAUAUUCCUGUUUUUUGUAACCUCGACAGAAACUAAAGGGUGGGGUGGUCAUCUGAUUUUUUCUUCCAAAAAAAAGACUUAAUUGUAAAAAUGCCUGGUAUAUUUGAAAUUUGAUGUUCAAUGCAUUUGUAAAUAAAUUUUGAAGAGGUCAUUUGGUUAUUUUCAUAGUGAAAAGAUAGUCAUUGGAUCAUAAUAGUACAGAGUAACAUGAUGCUCAUAGAACAUUUGUUUCUUAAUGAACGUUCAACCAUCUAAAAUCAGUCACAUGACAUGCAAGAUACAUGUGUUAAUGUAUUGAUCACUGAAGCAUUUAUCUUUUUUAAGCAUUUACAGCAAAAUGACUUGAGUGCUUAGGUAAAGGGAAUAUCUUUGGCUAGCUUGCUAAAUUGCUAACUGAACCAUGAAAUCAUAAGAUUAGAUGUAUUACCCUCCUUUCAGAUUAGCCUAGUCCUACAGACAGAUAGAUUGGUUAUCUGUCGGACUAGUCUACUCUUAAAGGAGGGUAGUAUACCUAGCCUAAUAAUGACUUCACAGUUCAGCUAGCAAGCAAGCUAACCAAAGAUAUUACCUUUACCUACACACUCAAGUCAUUUGGCUGUAUAUGUUUUAAAAUGAUCUGGUAUAGAUAUAUGUACAUGGUUCAUUUGUGUCUGUUUUUCAUUAAACAUUUAAAUAUUUAAAAUCAUGAAAGACAUAAUCAUUUCUAAACAUACAUGUGUUCAUUUUGUUGUUGAUUGUAUUAUAUGUUUAUGUAUAUCUGUGCAUAAGUCAAUUAAAUUUUUACAAACAG